GACUUCGUUGCUGUACGCCUGUACCACUUAACCGAGGGUUUUAUUCCCGCCAUCCCCAAGGGCAAAAUCAAACCCUAAACUCCCCCCUAAAUUCCAGUUUCAGGGUGAUCUUUUAGUUCGUGAUAAAAUGGGAGGAGAUGCAAGGAAUUGGGAUGAAGAAUCAUAUAGAAAAAGUAUAUUAAAAGAAAGAGAGAUUCAAUCUAGAACUGUAUUCAGAACAGUCUUUGCUCCUUCUUCUUCACAAAACCCUGAAUACAUUGUUGUUGGUUCUAGUGAUGGAUCUGUUGCUCCUUAUUCUAUCUCUUCUUGUAUCUCUAAUCAUCAUCUCUGGUUUAGCAAGAGUGGAAAUCAAAUGAAUAUGUGUGCAUCUUCUUCAGUGGCUGAACCGUUUUGUUUACUUAAAGGGCAUAAUGGACCUGCUUAUGAUGUCAAAUUCUUUGGUGAUGGGGAUGAUUCUUUACUGUUGAGUUGUGGAGAUGAUGGUCGUAUUCAAGGGUGGAGAUGGAACACAAUCCUCAAUUCAGGUUGUCAUGCCCAAGAAACUGAUUUGAAGCCUGUACUUGGCUUGGUGAACCCUCAGCAUAAAGGUCCUUGGGGUUCUCUUUCUCCAAUUCCUGAAAACAAUGCCCUAGCCGUUGAUUAUCAGGGGGGAUCCAUUUUUUCAGCUGCUGGUGAUUCUUGUGCUUAUUGUUGGGAUGUGGAAACAAGCCAAAUUAAAAUGGUUUUCAGAGGCCACACAGACUACCUGCAUUGCGUAGUUGCACGUAAUUCCAGCAAUCAGAUCAUAACUGGUUCAGAGGAUGGGAGCAUGCGAAUCUGGGACUGCAGAAGUGGAAAAUAUGUAAACAUCAUAGAGCCAAAGCAAAUGAAGUCAAAGGAAGCUUUCCCGUGGAUUAGUUGCAUUGGUCUGGAUUCAAGUGAAAGCUGGCUGGCUUGUGGCAGUGGUAGGAGUUUGUCAAUCUGGAACCUUCCUGCCUCUGAGUGCAUUUCGAGGAUUGAAACUUGCUCUCCUACGCAAGACUUGGUGUUUGAUGACAAUCAAAUUAUAGCAGUUGGAGCAGAACCUUUACUCAGCCGGUUUGAUUUGAAUGGGAUGACACUCUCACAGAUUCAGUGUGCCCCACAAUCAGCAUUUUCAAUUUCCCUUCAUCCAUCGGGUGUAAUGGCAGUCGGAGGCUUUGGAGGUCUCGUGGAUGUCAUAUCUCAGUUUGGAAGUCAUUUGUGCACGUUUUGUUGCAGAGGUCAUUGAACUCCUUACUUUCAUAUGCACUUACAAACUAGGGUGAUCACUGUAAAAGCAGCUAUUAUGAAGAGUUACAGCAAUUGAUCUCUCCUACUUCCACCCACCUCAAAUCUCUUCCUGUUGUACCAUGAUCAUCUGCCCUCUUCAAUUUUGGUAUGAGUAUUUUAGGGUUUUAUAUCUUCCCUAAUUACUAGUCUAAUUUAGCCAAGAACCCAAGCUGGCAGUAUUUGUUUUAUUUAAGUUCUUUCUUUGGCUAAAUGCAUAAUGAUAUGUUUCUAUAUGAAUUAGUACAUGGCCAAAGCUCUUCCAUGAUCCAAUAUUACGGGAAGUGUACUAUUAGGUUACAUCUUGAGUUC